GUCAGCAUACCAGUCCAGCUACACUCAGCGAAUUAGCGUACACAGUACACACAUAAGCACUCAUGUUCAUCGACCUAUCAAUGACUAACAUGGAAACCCAUCGAACUCCAACCACGUAUCCAGCCUUCUAAUCCAGUCCGUCAGCAUUGGCCGUCCUGCCUGGCCGAUCGACCUUUGAACCGUGAUUCGGGGCAUCUCGGCCACAUCAUCUCCUUUUCUUCAUUCGUCCAUCCACUCAAUCCGAAGAUAAGUGACGUACGUAUACUAGACACACGCACUUUCAUGCACGUGGGUGGAGGAAACUGAAGUAAGUCUGAAGACUAUGGCGCGGUGGAUGGCGGUUUUAUGGCUAUUAUCAGUGACCGCAAGGAACGUAGAUAAGGCAUGAAGCGAGGCCGUUGAGGGAGGGAGGGAGUAUUUUCACGUGAUCUGAGGUCCCGAGGUGGAGCUGGGGUUCACCACAUUCAUGGUGGGCCUGGGAGUAUCAGGCGCUCUCUAUUCAGCUAGUCGAUCCAUUGGCUGCCCUGGGCUUUCACGACUCAUAGCCACUCCUACUCCGUCGCUGAUCACGCCCAGGCCGUUCAGUAUGGCCGUCCAGCCUCCGGUGCGGGUCCAAGGUCAGGUGGUCCAAGGUUUUGGACGAGGCUCCAAGGAAUUGGGCAUUCCCACGGCGAACUUCUCGGAGGAGGUUAUUGAACGUCUCCCCACGGCCAUGGACACGGGCAUUUAUUACGGUUGGGCUCGGAUCGAUCAGGGCGAUAUCUAUAAAAUGGUCAUGAGCGUGGGCUGGAAUCCGUAUUAUAAAAAUGAAAAGAAGUCGAUGGAAACGCAUAUCAUUCAUGAUUUCGACGAGGAUUUUUAUGGAUCUUGGCUGCGGGUCAUUGUGUCGGGUUACAUUCGACCUGAAGAAAACUACAAUUGCCUGGACGAUUUAAUUCAUGCCAUCCGGAAUGAUAUCGCCACGGCUGAGCGUGAAUUGGAGAGUCCCUCUCAAUUAUUACUCAAAACUGACGCUUUCCUGACAGACCCGGUGGAUACCAAUCAAUCUUGACCCUGAAUAUGCUUGACUAGACGAAAUUUAGUAACCGUUUCGUGUGAUGAGCGCCGAGCGCCUGUGUCUUUUUGUCACAAAUAAAGCAAUGUUAUGGACCAGUA